AUGGUAGCAAGUGAGAUCAAGCAUUCCUAUCAUGAUCAUAAUUUAAGACUCACUUUUAGUGGGAAGACCAAAGAUGAUGACAGUCAGUGCGAUGGGUGCACGAGACCUUUAUCAACUCCUUUUUAUAGUUGUGAGCAAUGCAAGUUCUUUCUCCACAAAGAUUGCGCUGAAUUGCCUAAAGAAAUGCCACACCCCUUUCACAAGCAUUUGCUUACUCUCGUGAACUCACACGAUUGGGGUGGUUAUUCAUGGUGCGAUGCUUGCGGUCGUCUAUAUCAAGGAUUUAGCUACAAAUGCUACAAAAGAGAUUGCUGGUUCAAAAUUGACAUUCAAUGUAUGUUAUUGUCGGACACCUUGAAGCACCCAAGUCAUGAGCAUUCACUCUUUCUUGUCCACAACAACGAGGGAACGAGUUGCAGUGCUUGUUUCAGAAAACUACACUCAAGGGAUGUUGCAUUUAGAUGCAUGAAGCGGUGUGAUUUCAGUUUAGAUGUAGGUUGUGCAACACUACCACUCUCUGCUUGGUAUAAGUAUGACAGGCAUGCUCUUACUUUGAGUUUUUUUGAUGAUUCUGAGCCUUCUCAACUUUAUUGCGAUCUCUGCGAAAAAGAAAGAGAGCCAAAUAAUUGGUUUUACUACUGUGCUGAUUGUGAUAACUCUCUUCAUCUCAAUUGUGUUAUCGGGGAUCUCCCAUAUUUGAAGCUUGGGAACAAAUUGAAGCAUUAUAGGCAUAAACAUCCAUUCACUAUUGUAAAAAACAUCUGGAAUUGCCCUCCAUGUAAGGCAUGUGGUGAGAUUUGCAAUGGACAGGCCCUAGAAUGUAAAGAAUCUGAAUGCAACUUUAUCGUCCAUUGGGAUUGCUGUCCAGGUAGAUGGAAGACGGUAAAGUCUCCGUUUGAAGAUGAGAGGAAAUUGAGAUGCCAGUUGUGUUUGGAGAAGGAGAGGGUUAUCCAGCAUGAUGAAUGCUUAGGACUUGGUUUGGCAGCGACUACUGGGAACUAUCGAUGA